UCACUGUGGGCUGCAGCUGUGAGAAGACGGGGAAGUCAGGCUGGGAGGGGAGAGGAAGGAGGAUGGAAUCAGGAGCUACGGAGCUGGGGCCUGGAAUUGGAGGGAGGAAGGGCUGGGUGAAGCAGCGGUUGACCCUGGGGAAGCGAGAUGUUUUAGAAACAAAUUAUGAGAGCUUACGUCUACUAAAUGUUGAAAGAAACGGAAACAUUGUUUAUACCUAUAAGGAUGGAAAGGGAAAUGUGGUCUUUGGAUUAUAUGAUUGCCAGACCAGACAAAAUGAGCAUCUGUAUACCUUUGAGAAAGACUUGCACGUCAUCAGUUGCUCUGUCAACAGUGAGAGAACUUUGCUGGCUGCAAGUUUAGUUCAAUCUACUAAAGAAAGAAGAAGGAAUGAGCUUCAACCAGGAUCAAAGUGCUUAACUUUGCUGGUGGAAAUCUCCCCCAUUAACGGUGUGAAGGUCCUAAAGGCCGUGGAUAGCUGUGUUUGGGUACAGUUCCUCUACCCACAUGAUGCAAGUCAUCGUCUUCCACAAAGCCACCUGUUACUGGUUUCAGAAGAGAAAUAUAUUGAGCAAUUUCAUAUCCAAGUCAUCCAAGAAGAUGGAAAUAGAGUGGUAAUUAAAAAUUCUGGCCAUCUCCCAAGAGACAGAAUAGCUGAGGAUUUUGUUUGGGCUCAGUGGGAUAUGCGAGAACAGAGAUUGUACUACAUUGACAUGAAGAAAUCAAGGACUAUCUUAAAAUGCAUCCAGUUUAAUGCAGAUGAGAGCUUUACCUUAAUGUUUGAAACAGCCUUGGACAUACCACUUAGUAGCUCUGAAUUUAAACUUGUCAACUUUGGAUGUGGUUAUCAGGAAGAGGAAGAGAAGUUGUCCAAACACCUGACUCUGUAUGUCUUUACCAGCCAUACAGGAAGCUUGUGUGUAUGUUACAGCCAGAAGUUUGACUCUUGGGAACAAAUGACAUAUUCAGUGUUUUAUUUCCAUGCAGGGUACAGAAAGACCUUCACCGUGGCUCCCGGAAGUGGUGGUUCACAAGUGACCAAGGACAUCACUUUCCUCAACCUCGACUUUUACGUGGCUGUUUACUUACCCGGUCAUUUCUUUCAUCUACUUAACAUUCAGCACCCAGACUUAAUCUGCCACAGUCUGUUUCUGACAGGAAACCACACGAUGGCUAAUGUGCUACCCCAGAGUACUUUGCAGUCCCUGUCGGGGUCCCUGGUCCUGGACUGGGGCUAUGGGAAGCUCUACAGAGCGGCUCUCAACCCGCCCUUCUUGCUGCAGCUCCUGGGGGCCUCCCGGCUGGACUGCGAGAGGAUGGCUGCGCUGCACUGUCUGCUGGCCUGUGGCCGGGAGCAGCAGGCCCUGGAGGCCCAGAUUAUUCAGUGGAUUUCUGAGAACUUCUCUACCUGCCACUCAUUUGACCUCAUUCAGGAGUUUAUAAUUGCUUCUUCGUAUUGGAGCGUGUGUCCCGAGACGCGUAACAUGGACGUCCUUCUGCAGUACUCGUCGGUGCUCACUUGGAACAAGGAAAUUCCUGGAAUAACCCUUGUGACAGAAGAGAUCCCCCUGCCUCUGAUGAAGGUCCGCAGCUUGCAGGGCUACUGGGAAAAGCUGAACUCCAACCUAGAGCACGUCAAGUACGCCAUGCCGCCCUCGCGCUACACCAAUGGCGUGGUCUGGAGGGAGUGGCACAACCUGGUCUCUGAGGAGGAAGCGGGGAAGAGGAGGUCCACAGCGUACAUGAGAAACAUCCUUCACAACGCAGUAAAGGUGAUUUCUGAUGUCGAAGCAAGGCAUUUGGAGCCAAGGUUAACGCCUGUCCUGCAGGAGGAAGACCCCCACCAGAGGCUGCUGAUGGGGCUGAUGGUGUCUGAGCUAAAAGACCAUCUUCUGAGACACCUGCAAGGCGUAAAGAAGAAGAUUAUUGAGCAGAUGGCUGUGGACUACACUUCCAAACUGCUGCACCUCAUUUGCUGCAUACUGGAAACCAGUUGGAGGAAGCACAAUCUCGACUCUUGGGCUCUCCGACUUGACGGCCGUGGCAGCGCUGCUGAAUUUGCAGUCUUUCACCUCAUGACCAGGAUCUUGGAAGCGACCAGCAGUUUGUUUUUACCUCUGCCUCCCGGUUUUCACACCCUGCACACCAUCCUUGGGGUCCACUGUCUCCCUCUGCACAGCCUGCUGCAUUACAUCGACAAUGGAGUGCUGUUUCUCACCGAAACGGCAGUCACGAGGCUCCUGAAGGAUCUGGACAAUACAGAGAAAAAUGAAAAACUAAAAUUCAGCAUCAUUGUCCGGCUUCCUCCGCUCAUUGGGCGGAAGAUCUAUCGACUUUGGGAUCAUCCUGUGAGUUCCAUCAUCAUUUCCCGGAACCACGUGACCAGAAUGCUGAAGAACUAUAAGAAGCAGCCUUGGACUUCUGUGAUCAACAAGUCAUCACUGAGCAUAGACUUCCUCCCUCUGAACUACUUGAUUGAAAUUCUGACCAGACUGGAGUCUUCCACUCAAGCUCUGAAUGACCUCGAAGGACAUGACAAUGUGGAUGCAGAAUUUGUGGAAGAAGCAGCUCUAAAGCACACCACGGUGCUUCUCGGCUUGUAAAGGAGACAGUGCAGUCCCAUCGGUUUCCAACAUUUUCAUGUCACUCGUGAACCUUCCCCUUCUUGGGAAUUCUGUAGCAGUAUCUGAAAGUGGACAAAGCAGAAAAUACUGUCCAAUCAUCUGAGUUUUAGUUUUGUACGUGUCUGGGCAGGACAAAACUGCUGUCUCUCGUUCCACUUCUGAGCAGCUGACGAGCAGUCCAGCGCAGAGGAGUGACAGACAGGCCCAGGUGGGAAACAGCAGGCGCAGUGCUGUUCGACUGGCUCAGUGGGCCAAAAGCUAGCUUCCACCGUACUCUGAAACAAAACGUCCUUUAAAAAUGUCGUGGGAUGCUGAGUGCAUAGGACAGCAAAAACCAGAUAUGUCACUGAAAAUAGCAUGAGCAGAAAAAGUCAGUGUUGCAUAAAGAGCAUUACCUGGAAAGAGAGUUCUUCUAAAAAUGUGGACUGAAUCAAAUCUGCUAUCUCUGAUACAGAAUAACUUGCAACAUAGUGAGCGAUUUGUACAUACAGUAAUUAGAAUAAGGUUUGUCUUUGCGAUGGUUCAGAUGGAACUGUAUUUAAUUUUUUUUUUUAUAUUUAUAAAACUUUGGUUAAAUUUUGUCAUUAAAAAAACCCAAAUGCUGAAAGCCUGGGCCUGACUCUUCCUGCUUUUAAACCGAGUCUUUUUACUCCAUUCAGGACUUUUGAGCCCAUGAACUUUCUCCUCGAAAAGCGCCCGGUGGCACCUCACUACCUCGUGUACUGUUUUUCUCCCCACCCCACCAUGGUAAUUCCUUUGGGACCUCCGCAGGGUUGGCCCAUAACCCUUUGCUUUUCUCCCAUUACACUGUUUCUCUCAAGCACAUUUGUGAGAUUUUAAUGAUUAGCUAGUACAAUAAUGUAACUUAUUUUCUAAAAAUCCCCAAUGUGGCCUAUAAAGCCCCUUGCCUCUAGAAUGUCUCUUUUUGUUAAAAUACUUCAUAGUCAGUUUGACUCGAAAUCUUGGAGCCAAAUCAGCAAUGAGUUGCUGAUUCUUUCUCUUCAUAAGGGCUUUUCUUUCAUUUCCUGCUUUCUUUCAUUUCACACUUGGAUUGUUUCUGUCACUUCUUAGGGCCCAAUAUAUGGAACAUAUAUAUUUGAGAUGAACAGGGCUCAUAACCCUUCAAUAACUUGCUAUUCAUUCGUUAGAUGAUAAAAUUUGAACCCCAUGACAUUCAACUCUCCCAAACCCCAACCCUAACAGGAUGAACAUUCUGUGCAGCCAAGGAAGCUCACUGGGCCUUGAACACAACUUUUGUCUAUUAAUCUUAUUCCAGGCCAUUUCUGCACAUGGUGACCCUGCCUUCUUUCAACCCAUAGCACUCUGUACUAUUUUAGCCUCCAUCCCUUUGUGAAUUUAAAUGUUUCCAUGCUUAUGUUGUUUAAACUUCCUAUGUGCCUAGUUUUUGAAUCCCUGAAGAGGUUACUGAUUCCCACUAUACAGCAACUGUGUUUACGCAGUAUUUCUUGUUAACCACAGCUUAUACAGUGUUACCCAUCAGAGGGACUCCCACAUAGUUCCUAGUUCCUUUACGACAGAUUCAGGACUCACAGAAUGAGAAUGAGGUUAAAUUUGGCUCUGCUUUGGCAGGAUAGGGGCUUGGAACAGAAUGUUUGAUUUGGCAAAAUUAAAGGAUGUAGUAUUUCUUAUUCCCAGAGUUGUAAAAUAAAAUUCAUAACUGCUACCAGUACGAAAGAGCUUCAGCACAUUAGUGAGUGCAAAAGCACAGCUUUCAGACCUACUUG